AUGAGCGAGGAGAUGAAGAUUGACCCGGCAAGAGCACAAGCUCUCAUCUCCCAGAUAGGGCUUGUCAAAGACCGCAUCGCCGCAGUCGCCAAUGGCCGAAAUAUCCGUCUGGUCGCUGUCUCCAAACUGAAGCCCGUCAAUGAUAUCCUGGCUCUUCACCAGGACCCAGUAGCUCAAACACACUUCGGCGAGAACUACACCCAAGAGCUCACACAGAAAGCCGAGCUGCUGCCGCGCACGAUCCAGUGGCACUUUAUCGGUGGUCUGCAGUCUGGCCACUGCAAGACUCUAGCAAAGAUCCCCAAUCUCUUCAGCGUAUCUAGCGUGGACACGUCAAAGAAAGCGCAGCUUCUAAACACAGCACGCACCAACCUCAUCAGCUCCGACUCUUCCAUCCCCAAGCUCGGUAUCCACGUCCAGGUGAACACCUCCGGCGAGGAGGCCAAGUCCGGGUGCGCCCCCGGCUCCGAGACCGUGGCCCUCUGCCGUGAGAUCAUCGAGACCUGCCCAAGCCUGGAGCUCCUGGGCUUGAUGACCAUCGGUGCCAUCGCGCGGAGCAAGGCCACCACGGCGGAGACGGAGAACGAGGACUUCCUCACGCUCCGGGACCAGCGACAGCUCGUCGCCAAGGAACUGGGGCUGGAUGAGGACAAGCUGGAACUGAGCAUGGGCAUGAGCGAGGACUUUGAGGGAGCAAUCAGCCUGGGCAGCAGCGAGGUGAGGGUUGGGAGCACCAUCUUUGGCGAACGGCCGGCAAAGGCCGACGCAAAGAUCAAGGUUUAA